UUGGUGCGCGUGCUCGGAAGGAAGAGUAACACGAAACCGUAAUUUUCCUUUGUAACAUCCGCAGCUUUAAGAGCGUUACAAUAGCAGCAGCAUCUUUUGUGCGCGGAGGAAGAGGGGGACGACAGCGCGUUGUGUGUGGUGUGACACGCAUCAUCGUCAUCAUCAUCUUCCUCAUCUUCACCAUCCGGCCUGCUGAGCUGAACGCGAGGCCGGCGGCGGCGGGUAGCGGGAGUGUGCGACACCAGAUUCACCAUGGCGGCUAACCUGGACAAGGAAGCCUACUACCGGCGGAUUAAAAGACUCUACGGCAAUUGGAAGAAAGGAGAGGAUGAGUUUGGUAAAAUUGAUGCCAUCGUGGUGUCUGUUGGAGUGGACGAAGAAAUAGUCUACGCUAAAUCCACAGCCAUACAGACUUGGCUGUUUGGUUACGAGGUGACGGACACUAUCAUGGUCUUUUGCGAAACCAAGAUCCUCUUCCUCGCCAGUAAGAAGAAGGUGGACUUCCUCAAACAAGUGGCCUUAACCAAGGGCAACGAAAAUGCCAACGGUGUCCCGCCCAUCACGCUUCUCACCAGGGAAAAGAACGAGAGCAACAAGCCCAACUUCGACAAGAUGAUCGAGGCGAUUCGCGGCAGCCGUGGAGGGAAGACGGUGGGUGUGUUCAGCAAGGACAAAUUUCCCGGCGAGUACAUGAAGAGUUGGAACGACGCGCUUGCGGCCGAGGGGCUGGAGAAGGUGGACAUCAGCGCCGUGGUGGCGUACACCAUGGCGGUGAAGGAGGACGGCGAGCUUGGCCUGAUGAAGAAAGCAGCGGCAAUCACUAGCGAGGUCUACUCCAAGUUUUUUAAGGAGCGAGUCAUGGAGAUUGUCGACGCAGAUGAGAAAGUGCGCCACAGCAAACUGGCUGAGUCUGUAGAAAAGGCCAUUGAGGAGAAGAAGUACUUGGGCGGCGUGGACCCUUCCACUGUGGAGAUGUGUUACCCUCCCAUCAUCCAGAGCGGUGGAAACUACAGCCUCAAGUUCAGCGUCGUCAGUGACAAGAACCACAUGCACUUUGGUGCCAUCACGUGCGCCAUGGGCAUCCGCUACAAGUCGUACUGCUCCAAUCUGGUGCGCACCCUCAUGGUGGACCCCCCGCAGGAGAUGCAAGACAACUACAACUUCCUGCUGCAGUUGGAGGAGGAGUUGCUGAAGGAGCUCAAGCAUGGUGUGAAAAUCUCUGACGCCUACAACACUGUUUUGGAGUACGUGAAGAAGGAGAAACCGGAUCUUGUCGCCAAGCUAACAAAGAACCUCGGGUUUGCCAUGGGCAUCGAGUUCAGAGAAGGCUCCUUGGUGCUCAACGCAAAGAAUCAAUACAAACUGAAGAAAGGCAUGGUGCUGAGUGUCAGUUUAGGUUUUGCCGACCUCACAAAUAAAGAAGGCAAAAAGGAAGAGCAGAAGAAGUAUGCCUUGUUUAUCGGCGACACGGUGCAGAUCAAUGAGGAGGAAGUGGCCACUGUACUCACACCAGUCAAAAAGAAGAUCAAAAACGUGGGGAUCUUCCUCAAGAAUGACGACGAGGAAGAUGAGGAGGAGGACGGAGACGAUGCUGAGGAGCUGCUGGGGAAGGGCGCUCGUGGCGCGGCGCUGCUAGCUGACAGAACUCGGAACGAGAUGACGGCGGAGGAGAAGCGGCGCACCCACCAGAAGGAGCUUGCCAACAAUUUGAACGAAGAGGCCAAACGACGACUGACGGAGCAGAAAGGCGAGCAGCAGAUCCAAAAGGCCAGAAAAUCCAACGUGUCCUACAAGAACGUGUCUCAGAUGCCCAGAGAGAAGGACAUCAGAGAAAUGAAGAUCUUCAUAGACAAGAAAUACGAGACUGUCGUCAUGCCAAUCUUCGGCAUCGCCACGCCGUUUCACAUCGCCACAAUCAAGAACAUCAGCAUGUCUGUGGAAGGGGAUUACACGUACUUGAGGAUUAACUUCUACGUUCCCGGCAGCUCCUUGGGCCGACAGGAAGGGAACAUCUUCCCCAAUCCAGACGCCACUUUUGUUAAGGAAAUCACGUACCGUGCGUCCAACCUGAAGACGCCUGGCGACACCUCGGUGCCGUCCACCAACCUGCAGAAUGCCUUCCGGAUCAUCAAGGAGGUCCAGAAGCGCUACAAGACGCGGGAGGCCGAGGAGAAGGAGAAAGAGGGCAUCGUCAAGCAGGACUCGUUGGUCAUCAACCUAAAUCGCAGCAACCCCAAACUCAAAGACCUCUACAUCCGCCCCAACAUUGCCCAGAAGAGGAUGCAGGGCUCGCUGGAGGCGCAUACCAACGGUUUCCGUUUCACAUCUGUCCGCGGCGAUAAAGUGGACAUCCUUUACAACAACAUCAAGCACGCCAUCUUCCAGCCGUGCGACGGCGAGAUGAUCAUCGUCCUGCACUUCCACCUCAAGAACGCCAUCAUGUUCGGCAAGCGCCGCCACACGGACGUGCAGUUCUACACGGAAGUGGGCGAGAUCACCACGGACCUGGGCAAGCACCAGCACAUGCACGACCGCGACGACCUCUACGCUGAGCAGAUGGAGCGCGAAAUGCGGCACAAGCUCAAGUCUGCUUUCAAGAAUUUCAUCGAGAAGGUUGAGACGCUCACCCGAGAAGAGCUGGAGUUCGAGGUUCCCUUCAGGGACCUAGGUUUCCAGGGCGCCCCUUACAGGAGUACCUGCCUGCUGCAGCCCACCUCCAGUUCCCUUGUCAACGUUACGGAAUGGCCGCCGUUCGUGGUGACUCUGGACGAGGUGGAGCUGGUCCACUUUGAGCGUGUGCAGUUCCAUCUGAAGAACUUUGAUGUGGUCAUCGUUUACAAGGACUACAACAAAAAGGUCACCAUGAUCAACGCCGUGCCCGUCAACUCCCUGGACCCCAUCAAGGAGUGGCUCAACUCGUGUGACAUUAAGUAUACGGAGGGCGUCCAGUCCCUCAACUGGACCAAGGUCAUGAAGACCAUUGUGGAUGACCCCGAGGGAUUCUUCGAGCAAGGAGGCUGGUCCUUCCUGGACCCGGAGAGCGAGGGGAGCGGCGCCGAAGAAGAUUCCGAGUCUGAGAUGGAGGACGAGACGUUCAACCCCUCUGCGGACGAGACGGAGGUGGAGGAGGAAGAUAGCGACGAAGACUACAGCUCCGAGACGGAGAAUUCCGACUACAGUGCAUCACUGGGCAGCGAGGAGGAGAGCGGCAAGGACUGGGACGAGCUGGAAGAAGAGGCCAGGAAAGCCGACAAGGAAAGUCACUACGAGGACGAGGACACAUCCAACAAGAAGAGAAAGCACCAGUCGUCAAGGAUGCAGCCAGUCAAGAAGAAGAGGCGGUCCUAGAUGUCUUCCUCGCUCCGCCCGCCCCAACUCGUCUCGCCCUCCCGCACUCUGGCUCACACGACGUGUGUCGGCGUAGAGGUCGCCCGCCACGUCACGUCAUCAUGGUGACGUACCAGCAAAGUUCAUUUUCUCUUCAUUCCUCAACCUUCUACAUUGUGUGUGUGCGCAAAAUGCAUUUUUACCACCAAUAUUUCUGUUGGCUCCCAAAGAAAACACUUGACAUGCCCCCUGACAAGUCUUUUUAUGAUGAGUCCCUCCCAUGUGUUGUUAACUGUGAAAUCAACAUGAUUUGUUGGGGGGGGGGGGUAUUUUGUUUUUUAAUGGGGUUUAUAAACAACACACACAGUCUGCCUCCUUUGUCUUUUUUUCUGGAUAGGUGUUUGUUGUACUUAAUUCUAAAAAUCCAUUUUUUUUUGUUUUUGUAAUAAAAUAAAAAGGAACACAUGCCUGA